UCUUCACUGUGGCUGACGGCUGACUGCAAAAUGGCCUCUCGCUUUUUAGCCCGUCAACGAGUCCCUUUGUUCUAAAAAUGAACGUGUGAGCGCCACCAGAGCCCCGGUGUGUCCGGAUAAACCUGUCUGAAAGGACGGACGUUGUGCUGUUCAUCUCUGAAUGUUUGAACUCGGACUCAUCUCCCGGCUAAGCUAUUCAACUUAGCUUAGCCUGCUAGCUGGUUAGCAGCACAGCGCUAGUCCGGAGUGACUGAGCAAACCGUGUUUUUGGAGGAGUUUUGUGUGGAGAAAAACGUCCGCGUCGCCGCGUGAAAAUGUGUAAAGUCCAGAUGCUGAGAGCGUUGGUGGAGCAGCGACUAACUGCGGCUGCUGAAGAGAUAUUUGGGCUGUUUGAAAGAACGAUAGCAGAGUACGAGGAGGAACUUUGUCGUUCAAAAGAGGAGAACGAGCGACAACGGGAGCUACUGGACGCUGUUUACAACCCUCAGCUUCGGUUACACAGAGCAGACUUACCUUCACAUGACAAAAAACAGAAUGCUGUUAAGGAGAAGCCGCAGGAGUGUAGCUCCAGUGUGGACCAGCAGGAGCCAGAGCCCCCCCCACACAUUAAAGAGGAACUGUGGAGCAGUCAGGAGGGAGAUCAGCUUCAAGGGCUGGAGGAGGCUGAUAUCACCAAGAACUCACAUCCACUUUUACAACCAGAGACUGAAGACCAGCCUGGACACUCUUCUGAUCCUGAGACCGUCAGUGCUGAUUGGAAGGAGACCAGAGAACCUCAGUCAGCUUUAAACUCUCUGAAACAUGAUUCAAGAUCUAAGAAAACAUUCAGCUGCUCUGAGUGUGGGAGAAGAUUUGGGACCAUGCAACAUCUGAAGAUACACAUGAGAACUCAUACAGGAGAAAAACCUUUCAGCUGCUCUGAGUGUGGUAAAAGAUUUGGCCGCAUGGCACAUCUGAAGAGUCACAUGAUAACUCACACAGGAGAGAUGCCUUUUAGCUGCCCAUUCUGUUUGAAACAUUUUUCAUGGCGGGGAAAUUUAAACAAACAUUUGAGAGUCCACACUGGAGAGAAACCUUUCAGCUGCUCGGUCUGUAAGAAAUCUUUUACCCAUCAGGAAAGUUUACCGCGACACAUGAGAAUCCACACAAGAGAGGAACCAUUCAGCUCCUCCGAGUGUGGAAAAGGAUUUUGCCACGAGACACAACUGAAGAGUCACAUGAAAACUCAUACAAGAGAAGCUUUCAGCAGCUUAGUCUGUAAGAAAUCUUUUCAACAGGAUACACACCUAAACUCAAACAUGAGAGUCCACACAGGAGAGAAACGACGACAAUUUAGCUGCUCAUUCUGUGAGAGAAAUUUCACAGCGAGAGGGAGUUUGGAGAAACACAUGAGAAUCCACACAAGAGAGAGGCACACAUAUGUAUGCUUCGUCUGUGAGAAACCUUUUAUAUAUAAAGGGAGUUUAAAUAGUCACAUGAGAGUCCACAAGGGACACAAACUGUCUACUUCCUGUGUUAGUAACGUAAAAAAGCAGCAGGAGUGUAACUCCACUGUGGACCAGCAGGAGCCAAAGCCCCCCACACACAUUAAAGAGGAACAGGAGGAACUGUGGAGCAGUCAGGAGGGAGAGCAGCUUCAAGGGCUGGAGGAUUCUGAUAUCAUCAAGUUCCCAUUCACUCCAGUGUGA